CUCUGGUGUCUUCCCUGGGGAUCUGGCUGGGGCUGCCAGCUGGGACCUGGCUGGGGACAUUGCCAGAGUCCGACCGAGGGCCUGGCUAGGGUCCAUCCCGGGGAUAUCAUCACUCAGUGUGCCGCUCCCCAAAACCAGGAGCCGUGCCCCUGCCGCCCCUUCCCCCCGCCGUCCCCAGCUGACCCCCGGUGUCUCCCGCAGGUCCCUGGGCGCAGCACGGUGACACGGUGACACGGCCAUGCCCUAGGGGAGCCCCGCCAUGAGCCAGAGCGGGGCGUCGCGCCUGGCCGGCUCCCCGCCGCUGCCGGGGGGCUCCCUGCUGGCCCUGCUGGCCCCCGAGCCCUCCCCGUCCCCCCCCAGCGGGACACCCUCGCCCGGGCCCCCGCCGGCGCUGCUGGAAGGGGACUGGGAAGGGCGGGAGGAGCUGCGGCUGCGGGAGCUGGAGGAGGCGCGGGCGCGGGCGGCGCAGAUGGAGAAGACGAUGCGCUGGUGGUCGGACUGCACGGCCAACUGGCGUGAGAAGUGGAGCAAGGUGCGAGCCGAGCGCAACCGGGCCCGGGAGGAGGUGCGGCAGCUGCGGCACCGGCUGGAGGCGCUCACCAAGGAGCUGGCCAGCCUGCGCCGCGACCGCGACCGCGAGCGGCCCGACGAGCGCCCGGCCCCGCCGCGGGCACCGGCACCGGCACCGGGCAGCGCCGGCAGCCCGCCCGCCGACGGAGCAGAGGGGGACGCCGGCCCUGAGCAAGAAGAGCCCGUGCGGGAUGUGGGCGCUGAGGUGCCCCCAAAAGCCAAGGAGCUGGAGCUGAUGGAAAACAUCUUGACGAGCAAGCAGGACGAGAGCUGGGAGCAGCGGGGCCCCCGGGCCUCCUUCAGCCGCCAGGAGCGGAGCCGCCUGCUCUGGGAGGACGUCAGCGCCGCGGAGGAGGACGCCACCAAAGUCACCGCCCUGAAGCUCCGGCUGGAUGAGUCCCAAAAAGUGCUGCUCAAGGAGAGGGAGGACAAGCUGGCGCUCAGCAAGAACAUUGAGAAGCUGGAGGGAGAGCUCAGCCAGUGGAAGAUCAAGUACGAGGAGCUCAACAAGAACAAGCAGGAGGUGAUGAAGCAGCUCAACAUCCUGAAGGAGAUUCAUCAGGACGAGCUGGGGCGCAUCUCCGAGGACCUGGAGGAUGAGCUGGGUGCUCGCUCCAGCAUGGACAAGAAACUGGCUGAGCUGCGUGCAGAGAUGGAGCGGCUGCAGGCAGAGAACGCGGCCGAGUGGGGCCGGCGGGAGCGGCUGGAGACGGAGAAGCUCAACCUGGAGCGGGAGAACAAGAAGCUGCGGGCACAGAUCGAGGACCUGGAGGAGGUGCUGGCUCGCAAGCGGCGCCAGACAGCCAGCGCCCUGGACACUGACCUCAAAACCAUCCAGGCUGAGCUCUUCGAGAAGAACAAGGAGCUGGCCGACCUGAAGCACAUCCACACCAAGCUGAAGAAGCAGUACCAGGAGAAGAUGGCUGAGCUGGCCCAUGCCAACCGCCGCGUGGAGCAGCACGAGGGAGAGGUGAAGAAGCUGCGCCUGAGGGUGGAGGAGCUGAAGAAGGAGCUGGCCCAAGCCGAGGAUGAGCUGGAUGAGGCCCACAACCAGACGCGGAAGCUGCAGCGGUCUCUGGACGAGCAGACGGAGCAGAGCGAGAGCUUCCAGGUGCAGCUGGAGCAUCUGCAGUCACGGCUGCGGCGCCAGCAGAGCGCCCCGCUCUUCGGCAAGAUGCGCAGCGCCCGCUUCGGCGCCGACGACAACGGGGACGGCACCAGCGACCCCGACGAGGACGAGGACCUGCAGAUACAGGUGCCCUAGAGCCCAGGGCCAGUGCCACCACCGCAGGACGUGCCACAUCAGUGCUCUGCCUUCAAGUGCAUCUCGCCGCGGGGCCCAGCUGUGCGGUGAUGCUUGUGUAGAUGGGGAAACUGAGGCACAGAGCGGUGGGGAGAAAUUUGCCCCAGGGUGCUCCAAAACCUGCUGCUGCUUGGACAGUACUGGAUGCGCCUUCGGCCACUGGCAUCUCCUGGAACGCUGAUGUGGCCACUGAAGCCAGCAUCACUGAGCAGCCCAGGAGCAGGAGGCACAAGCAAAGAGAGGCACCAAGCUUGGCAGCCACAAACUGCCCACUUCUUUUUAUAUAUAUUAUAUAUAUGUAUGUAUUUGUAUAUGAUUUUUUAUUAUAAAUACAGAGCCCAGAUGGGCCCAG